UCGGCAUCAGUUUCAGGUCGAACGUGAAUCGCGUAGCACGCCGAUGAUGAACGUCCGGAAUUGUUUUCCACUGUGCCAGAUCGCUUUGCUGAUCUCGUUGGCGGUCGUCGCAGCAGUUGCCGAGGAUUCAGAUUCGGAUGAGGACAGUCGAUCGAGAAUCGUUUUGGUGUCCAGUUUGGAGGGCUACUGCCGGACGGAGGGCCAGAUAACCCGCUGCAGUGGCUUCAAGUUCGAGAACGAGGCUGAAAAGGCCACGUUUGACUUGCCAACGGAGGUGCGGAUUGCCGAGGAUGGCACCACCUACGAGGUGGGUGACGAGGAGGCCUCCAGAACUUUAGUUUUUGAAAACUGCACCUUCACCAACUUCCCCCUGCGACUCUUCUACACUUUGGAGGUCAGCGAGCUGGACAUGAGAGCCUGCGGCAUUCGAUAUGUUUACUGGGAGAACUUCUCCAUCGGAGCCGACAAGUUGGUGAUCCUUCUAAUGAGUGACAACGAGAUCGAAGUGCUGCCCACGGGAACCUUCCGGGGAGCGGGCAACCUGCAGUUCCUCUUCCUGAAUCGCAAUAAGCUGAGCAAACUGCAAACGGGUGUCUUUGAGAACCUGAAACAGUUGCAGUAUCUGGAUCUCACGGAUAACCAACUGGUGGAUCUGCCGAGGGAUGUCUUCUCCGAACUGCGGAGUCUGCAGCAUGUGGGCCUGGCCAACAACCAGCUGGCCACCGUGGAGAGCGACCUGUUCGCCCAGAAUCCCAGACUCCUGGCGGUCGCCAUGCAGAACAAUCGAAUCCGGGAGGUGGGCGAGUACGCCUUCCGCUCCAAGGGCCUCGGUCAUCGGAUGGAGUACGUGGACCUGUCGCACAACCCGCAACUCGACGUGCUGCUGCUGAACAUUAAUGCCACCAACCUGACCGUUCGCAAUUGCUCGCUGGACCGUGUCAAUUUGUACGGCUCGGUGAGGAACGUCGAUCUGAGUGAUAAUCGCGUUCGCGAGCUUUACUUUCCCGCCUCGGAGGCCCUCGAGCGUUUGCUGCUGCGCAACAAUUCGCUGGAACAGUUGGCCUCUCUGAGCCGCGUUCCCAGGCUGAGGCACCUGGAUGUGGCGGAUAAUCCCAGGUUGGGUCGACUGCCCGAUGGUUGGCAAACCCCUCAUCUACAAAUAUUGGUUUUAAGGAACACGGGGCAGGUGGAACUGCCUUUGGAGGCUCUGCAGGGAAUGCCAAACCUGCGAAAUCUCGACAUUUCUAGCAACAAUCUCACGGAUAUCGAUCCCUCCUCCUUUUCCACGCUAUCGCAACUCACUCACUUCUUCAUACACAACAACAAUUGGAACUGUUUUAGUUUGAGAACAUUGAUUGACAUCCUAAUCCGUCCCAAUGGCAUUACCUAUACCGUGGACGAAGGCGAUCCCGAUUUCCCGGGGGAGUAUAUCCACGGAAUAAAGUGCAUGUAUCGCAUGCCAGAGAAGGAGACCCUCGAUUCGAGCUACUCCGCGGAAAUCUCGGCCAGCGUGGAGUCCUCGCCAAAGCCAAGUGCUGCGGAUUCCAGCGAAGUGGAGGAACUGCGCAGGGAACUGAAGUCGGUGGUUCAGCACUUUGAGGCCAAGUUCGAUUUGAUUUUCAGUCAACUCGAAAAGCUGAAUGAGCAGAUGCAAGCCUUCGAAGUGCUCAACCAAACUGUUUGGAAUCAGGUCACUUUGGCUCUAUAAUAUACUUAUUAUACUUGUUUAAAAAUACGGAACUUGUGAUCAAUAAAUUCUUUAAAACUUAA